CUUUGUUAAUCCCACACCGGAUAAUCUGAACUUCGACGGUACCUGAAUGCAGCUAAACCUUGCUGCGGAAUCUCACACGGCGGGAGAUUUAAAUACUCGCGAGCUCACUGGCCGAUGUUCCCCUCUUCAUCAGCAGCGUAAGCAAACUGUGGGUAAAUGAACACAAUGAAUCAUAUGAGGACCAUUAAAGAAAUGCUGAGCAUCCCAACUGGAAGCAGGAACGUGUCCACCAGUGGCUACUCCAGUUUUACAGACUCUCAGUUGUUCUUUGGGUCUCAGGUUUGGCUUGAAAAUUCUCAAGGCACAUCUCAAGAUAUGAGCUUUUCAUCCAAGACUUCCCAACAAAGUUCACAAGAGGGAAAUGACCCAAAGUUGGUAAACAGUUAUCAUACUAAACCACUCCUGUUUGGAGAAUCAAAGGACAAAAGCAAAAGUUUCGGAAUAUUGGAUGAUUUUGGGGAGGACAAGAAAAGGGCAAAGGAGAAAGCUGACGGUGACUUUUUAGCCAAAGAAUGUCAUCAUUUUAGGGAAACUCUCAACAAUAUCCAACAACUGGUUGCUGGCACAGAAAGAAAUACUACUGUUUGCCAAACAGUUCUUGAAAAAAUUGAUAAUUUUGUGUCGACAUUGCAAAAUAAUCUUAAUAGUUUUCAGAGUGACAUUUCCCAGCAAUUUGAGACUUUGUUGAAUAAGGUGAACUCCCAGGCAGAGAUGAUCACUGAGCUGGAGGAAAAGAUGCAAAAGAGUGGACACGCCACAGCAGAACUUGGUUCAGAUCUACAAAGCUUAAAGAUUAGUCUGGAGUGUCUGAGAGUGGAGCAGGAGAGAGAACAAAACAUGGCUGAAGAGGCUCUGAAACUGCUCAGUUUGUUAGUCUCUGAGCACUCAGCCAAAACUACCCAUGAAAGACUGAUGGACAGUGCCAUCCAGACGUCACCAGAGCUGGAGAGGCCAUUUUCCAACAUCCUGCAGGACAACAAGCUUGAAGACACACAGCUUACAAGUAUGUCACAUAACUUUGAACACAGUCGGGCCAAAGUUCCCGCUCAGGAUUGCUGCUGCACCAUUGGAAAGAGGAAGUUAACUCUGAGAGGCUAUAGGAGGCGCAAAAAGAGGCCUCUGGUGCUCUCACAGAAGAACAAGCAUACUGUCUCAGAUGAAAACAGUCAACCUCUAAUGAACUGUAACCAACAACGAAAUCUCUGCGAGCAUCAUAAUGUAAGCAAGGUAACCCAGGACAGUCUCAGCCCAGACUGUCAAAUACCACCACACAGAGAGAUGAAAUCUGUAGCUUCAGGUUGUUUCAUCACCCCUCUCAGCUGCUGGUCUCAGGACAGCAACAGCUCUGUGUGGCUUUCAGGAACUGAACCAGUCGUAGAAAAGCCCUCAGCUGAGUCCAGGACAGGGACACCCACAAAACCUGAAGGCCUCUGGCAGUUGUUUGACACGGAGUAUGACUCUGCUUCAGGCUUUUAGAGGAUGAGUAAAGGCCAAGUAAAGGAGUAAACAGUGAAGCAUUUGCAUUCUUAUUUUUGGAGCACAGGCUAAUAAAAGCCAAAAAUGUUUAUUGUAUUUAUUAUAGUUUGUCUCUGAUGUUCUAUUAGUUGUUGAGUUAUUUUAUGUUAUGUAAAUGAACACUUUGUUGAGUGUUUUUCAUCUGAUGGUGAAAGAGAUGUUCAAAGGUACCAGUGACAAGAGAGUUAAGGACAGACUGAUCCACAAAACAGUACACAUUUAAAGUUUUUCAUGCUGUUAAGUCUUUCUGCUGACAUAAAAAUAGUGUGUAUAUACACGUACAGUUAUAAUACAGUUUAAGUGCAUCUGUCAAAAAAGUUAACUUUCUGUGUUUACACUGCUGACUUGACAUUAAAAAUAAACAAAAUGUUUUUGCAAACAAA